GAAAUCCCUGAUAUUGGUAUCUUUAGAUCUUUUCUUCUAUAUAGGUAAGAUUCCCUUGAGAAGGCUUUUAUGUCCUCUGAAGGAUACAAGCCAGGCUGCCAGAUUUCUGGGAGUAAAGUGAGGAAAGAAGGCUCACAGGUUCAACCUUCAGUGCAUAAACUUAAUCCUUUUGGUUUCAGUUAGGUACCUAACCCUUAACUGUGCCUGAUGCUAUCCAGUUCAGAUAACCAUGUAUUUACCCUCUCAAGUCUAGUACCAGCUUCGGGGAGGGGCAGUUCCUUGUAUACACAGAGGAGGGAGAGGACCCAAGGGUCUAUUCGCUUCAUACAUAGUCUUUCACCCUCUUUUAGCCCCACCUUCGCCUCAUUCAGUACCUGUUGUCACUAAUUCAACUUGAGCCUUUAGGGAGUUCUAUGAUGUAAACCAAAUUGCUUUUCUGCUUUCCCAUUGCUGGCUUUAGGAUUCAUCUUUCUUUCAUCUAAAUUACCAUUCAUCUAAAGACUCUCCACUUUGCAAAAAUUUUGUUUUUCAUGUUCUGUGUUUGUGGGUUAUUGCCUUUUAAACAUUUACUAUUUUAAAAUAGUAAAUUUAAUAUUUCAUUAUUAAUUUUAAUAUUUACUCUUAAAAUUUACUAUUUUAGUAAGGUUUCAGAAGGGAACACGUUUUUGUGAGCAUCUAUUCUUUAACUGAUACUCUGCCUGAGAUGUGUAUGCCUUAUUUUUUUCAGGCUAAGAUACCUUUAUUCUAUCUAGACACAAAGGAACUGUGCCGGUCUGGUCCUCCUCUUCCUUUCUUCAUAUUUGCAGCAUGCAGUGCAGAAACUAGAGAAAAUGGGGUAAACGAUCUGGAAAACUUACUUUAUUACACAAAACCUAAACAGUGAUGUCACGGUUAAAAACUUCUCACAUAAGCAUUUCGAAGUGUUCUGGUCUUGUUUUUUGUCUUUUAAACAAAUGUAUGCAUUUUUGUGUAACAUAUUUUACACUUAUUUUACCAGUAUCACAAUCAAGAGCUAGUUAUGCUUAUUGUAUGUGGCCCAGUUUUAAGAAUUGGAGAAUAGAUGAUCUUGCCUGCGCCUUGAGUUCCCAGUCUAGUUUACUGUUGAGAGGGAGUAUCUAUUUCAGUUUUUCCACAUUGUUUUCUCUAGCCAGUCCCUUUUUCAGAAUUUACUUUCGCACCUAAACUGGUUAUUCUGCUUUUAAAAUUUGCAUUGUAAAAUGCAGCGUUUUUGCUUCUACCUGCCCGUUUCUUACACAUUAAAGAGAGAGCAGGUAGAACUAAGCUACGCAGUUGCACUUCCUUCAAAAAGGUUGAGUGGAGGUAUUGUUUUGGUGCCUGUUCGGACGAGACAUGGUUAAAACUGGUUAUCCUGACAUCACCUCCAGCUACAGAAGAGUAGCUUUCUUCAUCCCGAUGCCUUCCCACCCCCCAUUACAGUGCAGCCAGUAUUUGAUGCUUCUCGCUCCUAUCACAAAGUUCCUUUCAUUCUAAACAGGAUCAAUGCUCAACAGCUGUCCCUGGCUUCUCGGCUCCAGUUUUAUCUGGGCCGCGCUUUAAAGUUACAGAGACAGCACGUACGGAGUGUGAUCCUCGCUACCCUGCCAGGCAGCGGGGCGAGAUGCUCGGGGGUCCGGGGCGGCGGUAGCUAGCCCCGCAGUGGUGCUCUCCCCGGGAGCGCGGGGACGGGCGGCCAGCCGGCCGGCCGAGGUCACACGCCGGGUCCCACUUCGCGUUUGGGCCCGGGGGUCAUUCACACCGAUGCACUCGGCAGUUCUUAAACCUCUUCAGCCAGGAUCUCCUCCUGGUUUGAAAGUAACCCGGCCCCGGCCAGCGUGAGCCUGCGGGGAAUGCAGGCGCCAGGCCCUGGCCGGCCCAAUCUGCAGAGCAGCCGGCCCAGGAACGCGCGCCUCCUUGCUUUCCGGCAAGGGAGCGUGCGUUUGCGACAAUGUGACGCCAGCAAGUUUUGGCGGGAAAAGCCCCGCAUUUGGAUUCCUGUGGUGGCGGGCAAAGGACGGCCUGCCGCGGGACUUAGUGGAGUCAUGGCAGUGCCCUUUGUGGAAGACUGGGACUUGGUGCAAACCCUGGGAGAAGGUGCCUAUGGAGAAGUUCAACUUGCUGUGAAUAGAAGAACUGAAGAAGCAGUUGCAGUGAAGAUUGUGGACAUGAAGCGUGCCAUAGACUGUCCAGAAAAUAUUAAGAAAGAGAUUUGUAUCAAUAAAAUGUUAAAUCAUGAGAAUGUAGUGAAAUUCUAUGGUCACAGGAGAGAAGGCAAUAUCCAGUAUCUAUUUCUGGAGUACUGUAGUGGGGGAGAACUUUUUGAUAGAAUAGAGCCAGACAUAGGCAUGCCUGAACAAGAUGCUCAGAGGUUCUUCCAUCAACUCAUGGCAGGGGUGGUUUAUCUGCAUGGUAUUGGAAUAACUCACAGGGAUAUUAAGCCAGAAAAUCUCCUAUUGGAUGAAAGGGAUAACCUCAAAAUCUCUGACUUUGGUUUGGCAACAGUGUUUCGGCAUAAUAAUCGAGAGCGUUUAUUGAACAAGAUGUGUGGUACUUUACCGUAUGUUGCUCCAGAACUUCUAAAGAGAAAAGAAUUUCAUGCAGAACCAGUUGAUGUUUGGUCCUGUGGAAUAGUACUUACUGCAAUGUUGGCUGGAGAAUUGCCGUGGGACCAGCCUAGUGAUAGUUGUCAGGAAUAUUGUGAUUGGAAAGAAAAAAAAACAUACCUCAACCCUUGGAAAAAAAUCGAUUCUGCUCCUCUAGCUCUGCUGCAUAAAAUCCUAGUUGAGAAUCCAUCAGUAAGGAUUACCAUCCCAGACAUCAAAAAAGAUAGAUGGUACAACAAACCACUCAAGAAAGGGGCAAAGAGGCCCCGAGUCACUUCAGGUGGUGUAUCAGAGUCUCCUGGCGGAUUCUCUAAGCAUAUUCAGUCGAAUUUGGACUUCUCUCCAGUAAACAGUGCUUCUAGUGAAGAAAAUGUGAAGUACUCCACUUCUCAGCCAGAACCACGGACAGGUCUUUCCUUAUGGGACACCAGCCCUUCAUACAUUGAUAAACUGGUACAAGGGAUCAGUUUUUCCCAGCCCACAUGUCCUGAUCAUAUGCUUCUGAACAGUCAGUUGCUCGGCACCCCAGGAUCCUCACAGAACCCCUGGCAGCGCCUGGUCAAAAGAAUGACACGAUUUUUUACCAAAUUGGAUGCUGACAAAUCUUACCAAUGCCUGAAAGAGACUUGUGAGAAAUUGGGCUAUCAGUGGAAGAAAAGUUGUAUGAAUCAGGUUACUGUAUCAACAACUGAUAGAAGAAACAAUAAACUCAUUUUCAAAGUGAAUUUGGUAGAAAUGGAUGAGAAGAUCUUGGUCGACUUCCGGCUUUCUAAGAAAUUAUUGGUUCUGAGGUUACAGUUUUAAAGCCCUUGACAUAUAAGACCAAAAGAGCAUAUUCUCUGUUUACCGAAAGAUUGUAUGUGGCUCUAAAUGAGGUUGGAGGAGUUGGUCACAUUCUUUACGUUGGAGAUUUGCUGCAGUGCUAUUGUCCAGAUGCUUGGUAUGGAAUUAAAUUAAGAUCCUAGUGUAGAGAAACCCUUCUCAUAACUGAAUCACUGGCUCUGUUGUGGCAGGACUUAAAGCAUAGUUAUGUAGCUUAUUUUUAGUUUAUAAACACCUAUGAAAAACAAUGACAUAGGUACAGAGAUACCAACCCUUGAAAUGGACAGGAUGCCAUUGUUUCUGCUCUCUGGGCCCAGGGUGGUGGGAGCAGUGAUGGGCCCAAAGUCAAGUCAGAAUUAUUUAGGUAGCCAUUUCUUCUACCAAGAUAUUUUGUAUUCAUAAGAGGACUGGAAGAUAACUGUAUCUGAACAUAUCCAUGGAUGUUUGUCUCUACUUACCCCUAAAGAAAGUUUGAUUUUAUGGCAUAGUCUCUUUUUCUUGUUUUUUUGACAUUAG